AAUGGACAGGACACUCAGUGCUCAACAGAUCUUCAUGCUCUGCCUGUUCUGCUCUGUGAUUAGCCCACUCUCACAUUACAACAUUAAAGGAAUGUGAGGGCUCUCAGUCCGACUCCCAUGUUUCAUGGAAGAAACUGAGGCCCAGUGUGAGGAACUGACAUACUUGCACGAAGUCCUCCAUUUGGCUCUGUCUUGAGGUUCUGGGGACAUCCACACCCUGUUGUCACCGAGCUUACAGUCAAGUGCUAACACUGUAAGCUUACUCUCAAAAUGGAGGAAGAUCCAGCCACUUAACUAUGAGUGGUGAUUUGCAAGGCAAGUUAAAAUGUCUCCAGAAGUGGCCUUGAACCGAAUUUCUCCCAUGCUCUCCCCAUUCAUAUCUAGCGUGGUCCGUAAUGGAAAAGUAGGACUGGAUGCAACAAACUGUUUGAGGAUAACUGACUUGAAAUCGGGCUGCACGUCAUUGACUCCUGGACCCAACUGUGACCGAUUUAAGUUGCAUAUACCAUAUGCUGGAGAGACAUUAAAAUGGGAUAUAAUUUUCAAUGCCCAGUACCCAGAGCUGCCUCCCGAUUUUAUCUUUGGAGAAGAUGCUGAGUUCCUGCCAGACCCCUCGGCUCUGCAUAACCUUGCCUCCUGGAAUCCAUCAAACCCCGAAUGUCUCUUACUGGUGGUGAAGGAACUUGUGCAACAGUAUCACCAGUUUCAGUGCAGCCGCCUUCGUGAGAGCUCCCGCCUCAUGUUCGAAUACCAGACGUUACUGGAAGAGCCACAGUAUGGAGAGAACAUGGAGAUUUAUGCCGGGAAAAAAAACAACUGGACUGGUGAAUUUUCAGCUCGUUUCCUUUUGAAGUUGCCAGUGGAUUUCAGCAAUAUUCCCACGUACCUGCUCAAGGAUGUGAAUGAAGACCCAGGAGAAGAUGUGGCCCUCCUUUCUGUCAGUUUUGAGGACACUGAAGCCACUCAGGUGUACCCUAAGCUGUACUUGUCACCCCGAAUUGAACAUGCACUUGGCGGCUCCUCGGCUCUUCACAUCCCAGCUUUUCCAGGAGGAGGCUGUCUCAUUGAUUAUGUUCCCCAAGUGUGCCACCUGCUCACCAACAAGGUGCAGUAUGUGAUUCAAGGCUAUCACAAAAGAAGAGAGUAUAUUGCUGCCUUCCUCAGCCACUUUGGCACGGGUGUCGUGGAAUAUGAUGCAGAAGGCUUUACAAAACUCACUUUGUUGCUGAUGUGGAAAGAUUUUUGUUUCCUUGUACACAUUGACCUGCCCCUGUUUUUUCCUCGAGAUCAGCCAACUCUCACAUUCCAAUCUGUCUAUCACUUUACCAACAGUGGACAGCUUUAUUCCCAGGCCCAGAAGAACUACCCAUACAGCCCCCGAUGGGAUGGAAAUGAAAUGGCCAAAAGAGCAAAUGUCUCAUCAGGUUCACAGUGGAAAGAGCAUCAGCCGGAGAGUAAGGAGAUAGGGAGGACGGGCUCAGAUUCUACCUACCAGCUCUGGAGCUUCAGGACAGCCCCUGGGGACAGCCAUUCAUUCGUUCAUUCCUGCCUGUGAGGCCUAUGGACGGUGAGCAUCAUGGGGCACUAGGGAUGAACCAUCACCAAAUUCUGCCCUCGAGGGGCUUCCAGAGAAGAGCUAGGCCUUGUGAGAGGGGACCAUUAACUUCUCCAGCCCUUAGUUUUUUUCCCUUCCUCAUAAUGGUUGGAGUAUACGGCUGCUGAGGUUCUGUUAUAAAAUUGUAUCAUUCUAAAGUACAUCUUUAAAUAAACCACGUGUUUAUUACAUCGUUUGAGAAAUGUUUGUUGAGCUGCAGUGUGUCGGCGCUAGACUUGAAGCUGGGCUGCAGAGAGGGAUGAAUAUGUGCAAGGGGGCUUGCAGUUAAGGAGCUUCUGGUUGGAUGUGGCGGGGUGAAUAGACAGAUGCGGGCAGAGCUAGAGCCCCGGGGAGGAAGGCAGCCCUGGGGCUGGGGGAGCCCACGAGGACUACCCUCCCCCCCCCACCAUCCUGCCAGCUGGCCAUCUCAUGGCCUCCUCCUCAGACCCUGCACCAGGGGAUGCUGAGGGGCACAGGCACCUACAGCUCCCCCCAACCAACCCCCACUCCUGGGCAAGGACUGGCCCUGCAGUUGCAGAAGCUGGCUGAUGCUGCGUUAGCCCCAGAGGAACUGGCUAGGCUCCAGAAGGCCUCCUGGGAGAGCCUCAGAAGGAGGGAGAACCACUAGGUAAUUUUGAUCAUUUCAGUACCCAUUGACAAAUACCCUAUGAUUUAGAAGGAGGCAGAUUUCAUCCCAAUACUUUGAUGUCUAGAAAUGGAUUCCAGUUGGUUGGUUGUCCUCCUAAAACAGCAUUUUAUUUAAUUCAACACAUACUGAGACUACAGCCAGCUUUCUCAUGGGCGAGGAGCCCGAGCUGUAUAAGACAGAGUCUAGACACCAAUCUAAACAUCUCAAACUCAAGGCAGACCAUGGCUGGGCCUGAGGUUAGAGGCCAGUGUGCCAUGGAACCCGGCAGAGGGGAGAUUGAUUCCAGCUGAGGGCGAGGGCCUCUGCCUGAAGCUGCGAGCAUGUUCUCAGUGUGAUAUCAAGCCUUUUGCAGCUCUUGAGUUAGUUUCCUUGCUUUGCGAGCUUAGAUUCCUUAAAAACAAACCAGGCCUGCUUGAGGAUUGGCACCUCUAAGGAGACUGUGUACAUGAACCAGUUAUAACCACUUGUUUGUUCCUAAAGCCCAUACCAGCAAUCCAGGCUGGCCUGGCAGGGCACAGCUACAGAUUAAGCUCCCAUUGUGCCAGGCAUUUGCUCACCAAGGCGCCCAGAGUCGGGUGGGCCAUCUUUACAGGGGCUUUUGGAGGGCUUGGGGUGAUGGGCAUCGAGGCAGAACCAGGUCUCUUUGUAGAGAUCCUAUUAUGAGGAUGACCCUUUGCCACCGGAGAGUAACCCCCGAUGAGUCAGUCUUUACCAUGGCUGUUCAGGACCAUGAGGACAAGGCGAGACCACAAGGAUGAUUAGCAGGACUUGUCUUACACUAUUUACAGGACCGCUUUGAUUUUCAGACCACAGUCAGCUUGCAUAUGACUGAUUAAAAACAUGUGCCAGUUGAAGUCACAGCUGCAGAAGAAAACUCAAAAAAAGAAAGGAGCCUUAGAUGUUUAGGAACUCGCCUCUAUUUGCAAAAAUGAAUUCUGACUUGAUUUGUGUGUCCUUGAUUUCCUGACAGUGAGGUUCGUGUCCCCGAACCACUUCUCCCACCCUGCCCUACCCACCCCCACACUGGCCUGACUCGAGCAAACAUCGUAGGGCUUAUCUUAUGAUUGCCCAAAGAAAAGCAUUUGGGAAUUCCAGAAAGAGACCUCAGAGUCCUAUUUCGGAAGAGAGCAGCUGUUUAGGCUUCUGCAGAAACAAAGGUCCCAAGUAAAUGAGGCUAAAGGCAGCAAGAUCCCAGGGGCUACUCCGUCAGGUCGUGCUCCCGUGGGAAGACGAGCUCUGGUGGCACUAGUAUCAGAGGCUCUCUUGACUGAACUCGCUCAGCAUCUGUUUUCUCACCUGCAAAAUGGGACCAUGACUCCUGCCACACGCGGCAGUACUGUGAGCAAUGUUCAAUCUGCUUUGUGGGCUUCCUUCCUCUUUCCCCGGAGUCUCCAACCUUUUGGGACUUUUUAUUCUCUGUUUUUUGUUUUCAUUUUCUUAAAGUGGUACUGAUUGAAAUGUGUAGAUGUUGAUUUCACAGAUUUUUGUCCUUUUGAAAAGGUCCAUUGAAUAAAUCGAGGCUUAUAAUUCCAGCAGGGAAAACCCCUUUUGAUGAGAAAGGCUCCUAAUUGCCUUUAUCUCAAGGCCUCUGAGGAUUCCUCUCUCAGCUCCCUGUCCCCACUCUCCUUAGUGCCCCCAGAGCCCCUGCCCAGGAGCACCUAGAUGAUGGAUUUUCCAGGCAUUGUUACCCGCUGGCGACUUAGCUUGAGCUCCCUGACUCUGUACCUCUGCUCAGUGGGAAGGCAGACAUGGCCGAGAGAAACGAGCCUCCCUCCAUCUCACCACUGCCUGUGGUUCCCAGAACAUGUGUUCAGAGCUCUGCAUGUUCGCAAAAGAGCAUCCCAGAUACUGAUGAGCUCUGCCUCCCCACAAGUCCUAACAGUGCCUCGAGGCCUGGGCUUGGCUGGUGCCUUGACUUAACCAGUGAAGGUCAAGACACAAAGAGGUUAAGUGGCUUGCUCAAAGUCACGUGGAUUUCUCAGAACCAUCACUGGGUGGCACCUAGAGAGGACCAAGUAUCCAUCUGCCUUUUGGAGGUGAGGAGCCAGGCCUGGACUAGAGUCCAUGACUUCUGCCUCGUGGCUCAGGGCUCUUUCUGCUCACCCCGCUGUCUCUCCUUUUCAGUACUUGUUGUCCUGGACAGAGAAAGAUCUGUUCUAGGACUGGGCCAACUGUGAUACCCCUACUUCUGGUAGCCAGAGCCACGUGAUUACCUUAAACAUCUGUCAGGCCCACAGCCCACCUUCCCCCAACCACACUCUUGACCAGAACUGCACACAAGAGCACACCCAGAACUCAGGCAAAAGCCAGCCAGGGAUGCAGGUGCCUCCCGCUGCAGAGCCCAUCCUCAGAUACCAUGAGUCCACCUCCAGCCACUCUGGGCUGCAUUUCAGGAGGUUCACAGUGUCCUGACAACUUUGGCUGGGUGUCAAGUCCUGAGACCAACCAUCUCUGUGCCUCCAACUGCAAGCACAUAUGAUAAGUGAAAAGUGAUCCAAGAAGGCCCAGAGGAAAGGAUGAUCUGGGACCUUUCCAUCUACACAGGGUUAUUCUCUUUUUCUCUUUUGCAGCCACACAUGCCCUGGCUGUUCCCAGGGACUCAGUCUUUCCCCCUCAGACCCAACUGGGUCCCCAUGGUAACAGUUGACAUCUAUUGAUCAAGUAGUAUGCCAGGCAUCAGGCCAAGUGCUUACUUGGAGCAUCUCAUUUAAUCCUCAUGAGGAUUACUCUUUAAGGUAGGCAUUAUGGCUCCCCUUUUAUAGGCGAAGAAAUUAAAGCUGAAGAGGUGAGUCACUUGCACAGGUGGGACAGCCAGUAAGGAGCAGGGCCAAGCCUUGAGCCCAGGUGUGGCUGGCUCCAGAACACACAGUGCCUGUCUUGCACAGCCUCCAGCCUGCGAGGCCUUGGAGAUCAUCGAGCACAGCUCCCUGCCUUGAAGAUGAGGGAUCUGGUGCCCAGAAGGGAAAAAACUUACUCCUGGACCCCAGACCCAGAAAAGCAGACCCACUGAGCUCCCCAGCACCCUGAUUCCUGACCUCAGGGAAUUCCCUCCUGGCAGUGCCUGUGAGCUGAGGCCAGGAGCCAAUCCUGCUUCCAAUUCAUGGAAGACCUAUCAGACCUCGGCCUAGAGUCAGUUCUUUAAGUUUUAUUCUGUUGACCUGAGACUCUGUGACGGACCAAGUUGUGAUUUUAUAAACCCAGAGCGAAGGAACUGAGGUCAGUGGAAAGGGUCAGAACCUGAUGUCGUCCUCAGGCAUAUUUAGCUCUAAUCUGGUCUAAAAAUAAUUUCCCUUCCAGUGUGAGUAGAAUGGGAGCUUGACUGACUCAAGGCCUCUAUCCUGCAGGUCCUUUUGACCCGUGAAGGGGGAUGUGAGAAGACCUUCCCUUCACCACCCCUGUAACACACUUACACUUUUGAAGCUUACCACACGCUUUGUCUUUGGGUCAAAGAGUUUUUUUAAAGGUGACAGACUAGUGCCAUUGGCAAGUGAUGUAUUCUGAGCAGCUCUCCACUUUCUCUGAUAAAAAAACCUGAAAUAAAUGAAAACGGUGCUUCAAAAAAUAUAUAUAAAUGGCUGGGAGCCAGUUGUCAUUUUCCCCUUCCUCCCCCUUUCCCCGAGCUGACUUCGUGCGGCUCCGUGUUGAGAGGCACUCACUGACAACAGCGGGUAGCAUCAUGCCUUUAAAUAGCCCUGCGCCGUACUGCUUCCCCUUGGCGUCACACAGUUUGCCCUGGCAGGGAAAGCCCAGGACAGAACAGGAAACUUCAGAAUUUUCUUGAAGAAGGAAAGAGCUUGCUGUAAGACUUUCUCCCUCUUGCCAAGACCUUUCUGUCGAAGGAGCUUGCACUGGUGUGGCCCCUUCCCCCAGAAAUUUCCAAGGAAAAAACAGCUGAGGAGAUUCGCUUCAUCAGAUUUGCCCCAUGUGACACCAGGCAUGAGGAGAGAGCAUGGGAGAGAGGUGCCCAUCCUGGAGCCCAGGGCCCCGUUUCAGCAGCAGUCAGUCCCACUCCCUCGUCAGGCACCUAUUGUGGGGCCGACGGCCUCUCUCUAUAGUGUCCUCACCUGUGACCUAAGACAGGGGCUCCACCCCACCCAGUGCUUGGACUCCAGAUGUCCUUUGGGCAGGAAGGCAAAUGCAGUAAAGGUUGGCAGCAGCCCAUUGGUGCCGGACCCCCUGAAGAAGGGCCAGAAGGCCCCCCUCCAGCAAACACAAAUUCUGCUGGGGAAAUAGCACGUGAAACACAGAGAAGGAAUGAACAGCCCUCACGACUGGUGGCGGCAGCCAUUCAACAAGCUUCCUUCCCAAACGUGGUCCUGUGAGAGCAUCACAUCAGGGUGGGUUUGUCGCCCCUUCUCACCCUGGGGAAACAGAACUUGGGGCUUCUCUUGCCUGGUCCACCUGGCUGUAGAUCUGGGGCAGCUCCUGCCUCAUUGCAGUCCUCCUCCCCAUAAGGAUGAUUGUGGGCAAGGGUUCCAAGGUUCUGCGGCUCAGAAGAGGUGGCAGAUUGGCUGGAACCAGGAUGGUGGAGAGUGUUGAUCCUUCUCACUGACAGUCAGCAUAGGCUGAAGUUUGAGAAUGGACAACACUUUUGCAGUUUUCUUCCUCAGAAUCUAAAUGUCUCAUCUGCCUGCUUUCUGGGCUUGCUCUCUUUCACCCCGAAAAGCCUGCAAGGGACCUGCUUUAACUGCUCUCACAAACCGGUGGUCAUCAGUAGUUACCUUAAUUACAGCCAUGAAGUCCUCACCCGGCGCUCCGUACAGGCCAGGCCUGUGGGGCCACCGGGGAGACGCGCUCCCCCCUUGCUGGAGCCGGCAGUGCCACCCAGUCCACAAGCCGUGUGCACACCUGAGACAUGCCCAGAAGGAGCACAGAGAAUGUCUGCACUCUGGCAGAGAACCUUCUGGUGACCAGGGAAGGCUUGAUGGAGGCAAGGGCAUUUGGCCUGAGCAUGACUAAAGGCCUGGGGUGGUAAUGGCAUGUGUGAGGAAGAGCAGGCGGCCAGACGGGAGGACGUGGGAGUGGAGGUUGGCGUCUGGACCGUGCGUGGGCCUCAGGGGGCUUAUGACACCCCCGACUGCUCUCUUCUCACCGGUGGACAUUCCCUCGUUGCCUCUCACGGCUUCAGCACGUCUGCCAUCUGCCUUUAAGUGAGCACCCUGACUCCUUAACAUGCUUCUGAUCUCCUGUGACAUCACAGUGAGGAGACUCAUCUGUAGGUUUUCUGGAAGAGGAUCUUCAGCUUUCUUAGCUUCUCAGUGGUGAGGGCAGGGCAUGAUCCCAAAAUGUGACUGAGGAAAAGUGCAGAUGACGAUCACGGCACUCCAGGCUGCGGGUUUGGGCAGAUGAAGGGUCUUGGUUGGGAUAGGGACACAGACCCACACUCAAAGAGAAUUCAUUUACCUGCAACAGGAAGGUGAAGCCUUGCAUCCCAGGAAGAAAUAGCAGUGUUGUAAAAGGUAACAAGACAGGGAGCCCAGGGUGUGGGGACACCAGGGAAGAAGAGGAGGAAGCUGCAGGAUGAAUUCGCUGCAGAGGUUUAGGGAGAAGUGGAAAGUGAGGGUCCUGUUACAGAAGCACCAGGGCCCGACGCACUUUCAAAUGCGUAAUAGCGAUGAGCACAUCCAUGUGGCACGCACUGGCUUGGAUGAAUGAUAGACGUUCAGGUCAUGAUGUCCUGGUUGGAAAUGUGAGACUGGCAGUUUGGGAGAGAAGGACUGGAGAUCCAGAUUCCAGGGGCGGGGAUAGGUGUUCUCUGCUGAGGGUGUUUCAAGCCUGAGAGGAAGCGAGGGGAGUAGAGAGCAGGACUGAAGAGGCCAAGGAGACAUGUCACCUGGAGGUGAGGAGGAGCAGGGAGAGGAGGGAGGGAGCAGGUCUGAAUGUGUAGUCCAGGCAGUAGCUUCCAGAUGCAGGAGCCGCUGCAGAGAGGCUGCAGAGGCUAGGACUGAAAAAUCUAAGCAAAUCCCUGAAAUGUGAAAGGGGGCUUCCUGUGACCUGGCGUUGCGGGGCGGGGAUCAGGCAGGUGUCGUCAGUGACGUUCUGUGUGGCUACCUCAUGGCAACCCGGGGGCUGAUGGGUUUGUGGGGCUCCUCGCCCAACAUCGAACCACUCGUUUGAGCUUCUUGACUCCUGAGCGGUUCUCUGCUCUUUUCUCACGGGUGGCCAUCACCUCAUCACCUCUCAUAGCUUCAGCACGUCUGCCUUCUGCCUUUAAGUGAGCGCCCUGACUCCUAAUGUGCUUCUGAUCUCCUGGGAGCCUGGAGCACCAAGUUUCCUAGGACUGUAUCCUAAAUAUUAAUAGCAUAGACUUGGGUGAGGUACCUGAGGCCUUUAUGGUACCGAUGGUGACAGGUCAUCUAGCUCGUGUCCCAGGUCCGGGGGAGCCACUGCUGGAUAAGUCAGCUGCUCUGAUCUCACCGGCAUCAGGGGCAAGAGAGGGGGGACCGGGAGCACACAGAGUGCCGACCCCAACCUCCCCGUCUUGUUGCCCUCCGCCUCCCACCGUGCCCUUUCUCUUCUGGAACAGUGUUGCGUUCCCAGCUCACGUGCAGCAGUCCCAUGCUCCCCAGGCCUCUGCCCCUGCUGUGUCUUUUCCUGGAACGUGUAAAAUGCCUGCUUCACCUCCUCCUCCAUUGACUGCCCCAGGCUGGUGCCUCAUGGCAGCUCCGUAAGCGCCCUCACCACAGCAGUCAGUAUUUCUUCUGUGUCUGCUGCUCCUCAAAACUGAGCUCACCUGCAUGGGGUGCCAUGUCUGGAGCAUCUCCCAACCCCUGGCACCUCAGACUGCCAGGCACAGCCUCCUGCUUUUGAACGGAAAGUCUGCUUCUACGGGUUCAAAUCUGGGUGCCAGAAGAACCAAAUGGUCCGCCCCAGAUCCUGUCACUAGUCUGAGAAGGCUCUCCUGACACCCAGCCUGAUUUUCUUUUCAGUAGAUCAAACCACGAGCAUGUUUGCAAAUAAAUGGAGACCAUGGUUCACUUAGAAAUUCCUCGUAUUAGGCCUUGCUUAUCUAUACGCAGGAGACCUGGGUUUGAUCCCUGGGUUGGGAAGAUCCCCUGGAGAAGGAAAUGGCAACCCACUCCGGUAUUCUUGCCUGGUAAAUCCCAUGGAUAGAAGAGCCUGGUGAGAUACAAUCCACAGGGUUGCAAAGAGUCAGACACAACUGAGUGACCAGCACUUUUUUCUUUUCUUUGUCUGUAUGAAGUUGAUCCAACUGAGUGAAAAGUACAACCCUGUUGAUAUUUCAGAUCACGAAAAUGACUGGUUGCUUGGCUUGGUCACUCUCUGGCUUGUAGCUUGGACCCUUGGUUUUGACCUGGGAAAGGGCAGACAGAACCUGAGUACUGAUGUCUAAUGGGAAUUGGCAGCCAGGAAGUUCUGAAUACAGGCCUUUUAAGCAUCCAGGAGAGAGAGCACGGCAGUGAACUGCAUGGACCUCUUUUGGAAAAAUCCAGAAGGCUUUGCAUCAGCAGAGAAUGAAAAUCCGACCCAAGAUGCAUGAACAAUAAAUAACAACUGUUCUGAGUUAGGUUGAAAGCUCUGAGUUGCACUUUUUUUUUUUCAAGUUGUUUGUGCUAACCACAAUUUUUUUUUUCUCCCCUUUUCC